AUGGACCAUUCAGCACUUUGGCUCCUGUUUCUUCUAUGCGUAAUGUGCCCAGGACAUGCUUGGGUGGCAAGCAACUUUCUUAUGACGGGACCAAAGGCUUAUCUCACCUAUGCAGGGAGUGUGCAGGUAGGCACACAGAGUGGGAUUGAAGAGUGCAAACACCAGUUUGCGUGGGAUAGAUGGAACUGUCCGGACAGCGCAACACAGCAGAAGGGACUGAGACGAGCCACUAGAGAGACGUCUUUCGUCCAUGCCAUCAGUGCAGCAGGGGUCAUGUACACUCUGACCAGGAACUGUAGUCUGGGAGACCUGGACGACUGUGGCUGUGAUGUUUCACAGAACGGAAAAAUUGGCGGUCGUGGGUGGUUAUGGGGCGGCUGCAGUGAUAACGUAGAUUUCGGGGAGAGGAUCUCCAAACAGUACGUGGACUCACAGGAGACAGGUCAGGACUCCAGGGCUGCUGUCAACCUGCACAACAACGCGGCUGGACGACAGGCCGUGAAGGCAACAAUGAAGCGCAUCUGCAGAUGCCACGGGAUGUCCGAGAGCUGCAGCGUCCAAACCUGCUGGACGGCACUGUCCGACUUUAGAGAAAUCGGCAACUACUUAAAGAUGAAGCACAGCCAAGCGCAGAAACUGGAUGUCGACAAGAAGCGCAUGAGGGCUGGCAACAGCGCGGACAGCCGCGGUGCCAUCGUGGACGCGUUUGGCAGCAUUGCGCAGACGGAGCUCAUCUACUUGGAAGACUCUCCGGACUACUGCAGGAAGAACACCAGCUUGGGUCUGUACGGCACCGAGGGCCGCGAGUGUCUGCAGCACGGAGAGGGGCUGACCCAGUGGGAGAGGAGGAGCUGCCGCAGGUUGUGUCAUGAGUGCGGCCUGCGGGUGGAGGAGAGGCGCACGGAGGUGGUGAGCAGCUGCAACUGCAAAUUCCACUGGUGCUGCAAGGUGAACUGUGAGGACUGUUCUCAGGUUCUAGUGAAACAUGUGUGCGCCAGGAGGGAAGGUGGAGACGGGCAUGGCUUUAGACGGAGACACCGUGGACCCAAAUGA